CCGCCGCCGCCGCCACCGCCGCCGCGCGCCGCCGCUGCCGCCCCGGCUCCCAACAAGAUGGCCGCUCCGGGUGAGUACUUCAGCGUCGGGAGCCAGGUGUCCUGCCUGACGUGCCUGGGCCAGCAGCUGCUCGGCGAGGUGGUCGCCUUCGAUUACCAGUCCAAGAUGAUCACUUUAAAAUGUCCCUCCUCCAGUGGGAAGCCCAACCACAAUGAUGUUCUACUGAUUAAUUUAGCAUAUGUUUCGGAUGUUAAAACAAUUAAUGAUCGUACAGAAACUCCACCACCUUUAGCUUCACUGAAUGUUAACAAGCUUGCCAGCCGAGCACGGACAGAGAAGGAAGAGAAAUUAAGCCAAGCAUAUGCAAUUAGUGCUGGAGUCUCUCCAGAGGGUCAGCAACUUUUUCAGACUAUUCAUAAGACCCUCAACGACUGUAAAUGGCAAGAGAAGAGCAUACUCGUCAUGGAAGAAGUUGUAAUUGUACCACCUUACCAGGUUGAGAACUGUAGAGGCAAAGAGGGAAGCGCAUUAAGUCACGUACGCAAAAUAGUUGAGAAACAUUUUAGAGAUUUGGAAAACCAGAAGUUAAUGCAACAACGUUCACAAGCACAGCAAACACAGAAGGAAACUGCUUUGUCGUCUUGAGUGACCUGUGGAUGGGUCCUUUGCCGAGCUUUGACAAGGGGGAUUUUUUUUUUUUUUUCCUGGGAUGGGGAGGGGGUAGUCAAGUUUUCCAGGGAGAUCAACAGUGAGCUGACAUUUCCACUUCCAAGCAGAGAAUAGACUUUA